AAACAACUGAUUGCUCAGACUAAGAUGGUGUUGAAGGUGCUUUUUCUUUACAUCCCUCUCCCCAUGUUCUGGGCACUUUUUGACCAGCAGGGGUCAAGAUGGACACUGCAAGCCACAACAAUGGAUGGGAAUUUUGGAGCCAUUAAGAUUCAGCCAGACCAAAUGCAGACUGUGAAUCCAAUUCUGAUUAUUGUAAUGGUCCCAGUUGUAGAUGCGGUGGUUUAUCCUUUAAUCAAGAAAUGCAAGAUCAAUUUUACGCCCCUGAGGAAGAUCACUGUUGGUAUGUUCCUUGCAUCUUUGGCUUUUGUUGCUGCUGCCCUUGUGCAAGUGCAAAUAGAUAAAACUCUUCCAGUUUUCCCUGCAGCUGGGCAAUCUCAAAUCAAAAUAAUAAAUCUAGGUACUGAUAAUACAACAGUUCAGUUUGAACCUCAACUUCAGAAUGUGACUGUAACAUCUAUGGAGUCGACAGGCUACAUGACAUUUGAGACGUCUCAGUUGCAAUCAAUAAACAUAAUUUCUGGAAAUAAAACUACAACUGAAGUUACCAUGUUGCCAGGGGGAGACCGUCACACUCUUGGAGUUAAAAAUAAUGCGACAGACAUUGUUGCUACAUUGCUGUUUGACAAUGUCACAUCAAAACCAGAAGAAGGAAAUAAUCUCAUCAGGUUUAUAAACAAUUUGCCUGAUACUGUCAACGUCACUAUGGGCGGUACUUCUUUUGGAAUUCUGAUGCCUCUUUCUGCCAGUAAUUACAGACUUUUUGCAGGAGGAAGAGAAGAUAAUAUUACAGCUAUUAUAGAUUUCAUCCCUUGUUCAGUUACUUCAAAGACAUUUGGAUUUGGCAGUGCCUAUACAAUUGUAAUUAACAAGUGUGCUGGAUAUGAUCUUGAUGUAAUAUACUCUGAAGAUAUCCCACCCAAUACAGUACAUAUGGCUUGGCAGAUCCCUCAGUAUUUUAUUCUUACAUGUGCUGAAGUAGUCUUCUCUGUCACUGGGCUGGAGUUUUCAUACUCACAGGCCCCAUCUAAUAUGAAGGCAGUGCUGCAGGCAGGAUGGCUGCUGACGGUGGCUGUCGGUAACAUAAUUGUCCUUAUCGUGGCUGGAGCAUCCAAACUCAGUGAGCAG